UAGAUGGGUGUGGUGCAAAUUGUCCCAUCCUAAACACCACUUCAUCAUGUGGCUGGUCAAACAUCGAAGACUACUAAUUUGAAGCAGACUCAAAGCCUUUGUUAACAUCCCAACAGAUUGCGAAAUAUGUGGGGGAGAAGCAGAAACUUUUGAACACAUGUUUUGGGCCUGGAGGGUCUCAAUUGAGGUCCGAGAAAGGGCCUUCCAGCGGUUGGGGAUUUACUGCAAAGUGAACUCCCUAGACAACAUGGAAGUGGAGUUACUAAGGACGAGGAACAAGAAAUCAAAGACGCUAACGCAAGCUUUGGGUGCAGCCAUCUGCUCCAAUCUAUCAGCAGGGGCUCCACAGACGGCCCGGCCCGUUUGGAGGCAAACCAACUGGAGAGGGAGCGAGUUAGAGCGCAGGAGAAUCAAAGAAAAGGAUGCCGUGGCACGCCGGAUUUCCGAUCGGAAAGGGCGUCGCCGCCUCAUUUAUCCUCACAAUCAUUGUGUUCUCCCCCUCACUGAUCGCCACUGUGGAAUCAUCCAAAAAGCAUCAGAUUGGAUGCAGCAGAACGUGUGUUGCGGAAAAUUGUAACUCGAUUGGAAUUAAAUAUGGGAAGUAUUGUGGAGUAGGUUGGACUGGCUGUCCCGGGGAGAAACCUUGCGACGAUCUUGAUGCCUGUUGCAAAAUUCACGAUGACUGUGUGGAGAAAGACGGUUUGACAAAUGUAAAAUGCCAUGAGAAGUUCAAGAAGUGCAUAAAGAGAGUGCAGAAGUCCGGAAAGGUCGGAUUUUCAAGGGACUGCCCUUAUGACACAGCGGUGCCAACUAUGGUACAAGGUAUGGACAUGGCCAUUCUGUUUAGCCAGUUGGGCAACUCUAAGGCUGAGCUUUGAUUAGCUUUCUCCUCACACUCAUUAGACCAUGGCCGUAGAUGGAUAUAUUUUGUAUACCAAUUAUUUUCCUUGCCAUUUCAGGGCGUUUUUUGUCGGGGUCUCUUGAACACACUGUUUACACACACCCUCCCCAAACCCUACUUUUUAUAGGAUUUUAAUGAGUUUGUU